ACCAAACUCAUAAACAAACUCGGGCUUUUACACGCACAACCGCGACCUUUGAAUCACAGUUCACGCUACUCGAAUCUCCAUCCCACCAACAAACCAGACACAAGACACACUCCAGCAACAAUGGCUCGUGGAAACGCUCCCCAGACGCAGGUCUUCUACAAGGGCAGCUCAGGCGAGCAGUUUACCGUCUUCGUUGAGAGCGAGGAGAUGCUUAAGAAGUGGAAGGGAGACAGCAGCAUCCCCAUGACGGAUGUUGUUGCUGGCUGGAAGAUUAUGGUUCCUGAGCACGGCAAGCAGGGCAUCCUCAACACGGCCAGCAAAGGCCAACUUGAGAAUGAGUUCGGCACCAGCAACGAAGACGAUGUUAUGAAGAAGAUCCUUACCGAUGGCUCUGUCCAGUCCACUGAGAACGCUGAGCGCAUCGGCAUCACGAACGAGACUCAGGGUGGACGUGUCGCCCACUAAGCGCGUCGUGUAGUGGCUUCUUGGAGAAGCAGCGAUGAUGGUUCGAUUUGUUACGACUUCGAUAUGAUAUCACGAUUUAGGGAGGGAAGCUCUGUUGUCGGCCUGGAAGAUUGGCCGGCUAGCUGCGAGAGCUAUAGUGCACGGGCCUAUGCUGAAAAGCUAGCCGACGGCACCCAAAUAUGUACAGGAGAAAUUAAUCUUGGAUGAAAUACGAGAUGAUGAUGCAUGGUUUGUUGUUGUUUGGGGUGGUGUGCCGUGGAUAUUCUGUUUCGCCGUGAAGACAAAUUUGUUUAGUUGGUAUCGUGUUUACCCGAGCUCUUGUCGUGAAG